AUGGUUCAAGCUUUCCCUAUCCAGUUGCCUAGGCAGAGAGAAUUGAUCGCUACGUGGGUAAUCCUGCCGAUGUUAUCAACGAUCACAGUCGGGCUCAGGUUUUAUGCCAAGACAAAGACCAGGGCCGCGUAUGGCUGGACUGACUGGAUGAUUCUGGUAUCUCUUUUCUUCACGGACCUCUUUUUCGUCCUUCUUCUUCUGAUGCUUAUAUACGGAGGCAUCGGCGUUCCUGGAUACCCAUAUACUAGCACUACGGCGCCAACCGACGUCUCUUUAAUCCACGAUCAGAUCGGCUUCGCCAACAACAUUGUCCUUGUACUUGCAGUCUACGCAUGCAAAGCCUCCAUCCUCUUUCUAUAUCAUCGCGUCUUCACAGGUCUUAAUGGCCGGAUGACAAUUAUUAUAUACACGGCAUCGGGUAUUACCAUGGUGUGCUUCUUAGGCAGUUUCAUCGGUUACCUCGCAGCGGUACGGCCGAUCGAGAAAUGGUGGGCAUGGGGCGAUGCAACAGCGGAACAGUUCCUAGCCAUGCAGAACAUCAACAUCGCCUAUGACAGCUUGACAGUUUUUACCGACUUCUUGAUCUUUGUACUCCCGCUUAAGUCAAUCUGGGGACUGAAUAUGAACCGACCGAAAAAGAUUGGCAUUAUUGUAUCGUUUUGCUUUGGCUUUAUCACCUGCUUCAUUUCCCUUGCCCGGGUCGUCUUUACACAUGGCUAUCAAUGGAAGAAUCUAUACGACGAAGGAACCGUAUGGAGCCUCGCAGGCGUCGAGCCAGUGGCAGGUAUCAUCUCCGCAUGCCUCCCUGGGUUGCGUCCACUACUACCCAAGACCUUCAAGAUGACAUCUUACGGCACUCCUGCAAACCCUAGCAGAUUCAGGACAACUGGCACUACAGCGACAGAUAACGUUAAGAAGAGUACCAUUAAGGAUCCCAACCCAUUUACGGUCCUCAAUGAUGAUAGCUCGGUCACAGAAUUCCGCCACACUGUCAGAGAGGUCCCUUCAAGAUCGGAGGUGAGUGACGAUUAUAUUGAGCUGGAAGAACGGCGACCAAAGGCUUUUGAUGCCUAG